CAGUAGGGAGCGCAUGGAGGCUCUGAGCUGCCUGUUGCUCUGCCGUUUCUCAUAAACUGAGAGAAAUCGGAGUAACACAGACUGCGUCUCCCGUGUGCUCAUUUCCAUUUCCAUUUUUCAGCUUUAUCUGCUGCUGACGGGUCCGGAACGCUGGUACCUGUUACUGUUGCUUUCAGCUCUUCUAAGCAAAGCAGGACCCUUAUAAGUGAACCGGUGCUGAACACUCUCUGAGCCAUACUCACCUGAAGUAUCUGAUCGUUGCUGUUCUGUUGGGCCUUGCACCUGGGUGCAUCACACCCGCCACUCAGCUGCUGCCUGUCCGCCCUCAAUCACCUGCUGGAAUUCCUCCAUCUGAUACCUUUAUAUCAAGAUGUUUUGGUUUAGACAUUUGCUCCUGCACUUCUGGUUUUUGGGAUGUCUUUACUCGGCAAUGCAAGCUUGGCGCGUUGACAUGCCAACAAAUAUCAAAGGACUGUUGAAUUCCUGCCUCGUUAUCCCUUGUAGCUUUGACUACAUUGAGUAUCCACCUGAAAGAGCAGACAGAGUUGUUUGGUACCAGUAUGUGAGCAGGGGAUAUCCUUUGGUUUGUGACAAGUGGCACCCUAACGAUGUAAUUAACAUAUUUAGAGGAAGAACCAAGGUACAAACUUCCACAGAUAAAAAAUCAUGCAGUCUAGAGAUUGAAGGUGUGAACUGGAACCACGACAAACAAAAGCUUUAUCCUUGGGUGGAUCCAGAAAAUGUUGGGAAAAGCACACACAGAUUCUAUGAUAGAACUGUAACAAUUGAAGUUGUUGGACAGCCAGAGCCACCGCAGAUUAUGAUCUACGGUGAAAGAAAAGUUGGAAAGUCUGUAACGGUGCAAUGUUCUGCUAAACACACAUGCUCCAUCCGUCCACCAACUCUUAGCCUCAACAUCACAAUGCAAGACAAAGAAGUUACCAACAUUCAGCUAUCUGAUGGCACUUCUCAAACUACGUUAAGAGGCACUUUAGUAUUAGAGAGAGACUUUCAAGUUAUUGAGUGCACUGCCCUGCACCCAGGUGGUAAAACAGCAAGAGCAUAUGAAACCUUAACUGCACAAUGCUCCAUUUAUCCACCGAGCAUUAGCUCAGUGUCAACUGAAUAUCUUGAAGGAGUUCCAAGCAAUGUAACAUGUGAAGCUUCAUACACUUGCUCCAAAGAUGCACCUGUUCUCACAUGGAACUUCGCUAACAUGCCUGUUGACAAAGAUAUUAAAGCCUCUGGGAGUUUGCAGAAAACUGUUUCCACAUUGACAUUUACAGCAUCAGCUAAAGACAAUGGAAAGUCUCUGAUAUGUUAUGCAACAUUUCCUGGAGGGCAGACCCAGGAAAAGAGCAUGAAAAUACGGGUAAAACGAAACAUGCUCAAUCUGGAUUGGUCUUUCACUACUCCAGGAAGCGUAACGGGAAUGAAAGGAUCAUGUGUCAUCAUUCCUUGCACGUUUUCCUACAGCAACGGCCAACUGGCUGGCCUGCAAGUUGCCUGGUACUUGUACCAAAGUAAUGGACGCGCAGACGUAUUCAACCAAAACCAAUCAAAUAUUUUAAGCAGAUAUAAAGGGAUAACACGUUUGACUGGCUCUGUGUCAGACAGCAAUUGUAGUCUUAAAAUAGACCGACUGGAUACGUCUCACAAUGGGGAUAAACUCUAUCCAUGGGUUGAUAUCAAGCCAAUUACCUCCUACCACUCACAGGGACACUCAUUUUUGGAUAAAAGCACCAAAAUCAUUGUUUCGGACUAUGCACAAGAACCCCAAAUGAGCAUCAUUGAUGUUCCUAGGGUGGGAGAUCAAAGCAGGGUUACCUGUAAAGUGCAACAUACAUGUUCUUCUGCUCCUCCUGUCCUGUCUAUGAAUGGCAUUCCUGGAACAGACCGCACCAUUGACUCCUUGUUGUCAGACGGCAUUUGGGAAAGAACAAUAGAACGAACUUGGAAUGUAGAAGAAGACCACAAGAAGGUGGAGUGCACUGUGAGAUAUCCUGGUGGACAAAGUGCCAAAAGUGAGCUCCUCCUGCAAGUUGAAUGUCCAUUUGAAACUAUCAAAAUGGUUGAACCUCCAGGAGAGCUGACAGAGGGAGUGGCAAAGAGUGUCAUUUGUUCUGUGUCCUACAAGUGCAAGAAAAAUACACCAACAAUUGAGUGGAACUUUUCAGACAUGCAGUAUUUUCAAAAGAACAAAAAAAUAUCCAGUAAUAUUUAUACCAUUGAGUCCAGUCUUACGUUUAUUGGCUCCCUUGAAGACAAUGGAAAAUCUCUGACCUGCACUGCACGUUUUGUCGCUGGAGAAACCUCAAAAUCCUCACUGCUUCAGAUAAAAAAAUACGUACCGGUUGAAGAAGAAUUGAACGAGAAAGAUAGAACUAUGAAGUACCUGAUGCAGAAAACUAUCCAAGUGGUUAUUCCUGUUGUCAUCUUAGUGCUGAUCCUCUUUGCUGUGCUUGGCAUAUUCUUCCACAGUAAAAGAUCAGUUUGGAGCAGGUUUUCUCGACUAUCAGAGGAAAGUCAAGUUGGCUGGCAAAACACAAGAAAGUCUUUCUGGAAUAGAUUUUCAAGACGCCCAAACAACUCGACUGACCUCACAGUCAGUUAUUUAAAUAAUGCAGUAGUGGUUGUCUGCGAACAAGUUAUCUACAAACAAGUCAAACAGUCAACAAACCGCGCUAUCCUUCACCAAAGAAUAACCAAUGACGACCUGCCCCGCCCACACCAGAGGAUGUCAGUUUGUACGGCAACAUUUGAGUAAAAAGUCUGAGCAUCGAUUUGGAUGCGCUUUCUCUUCUUCUGCUGUCAAGUUUCAAUUUAUAUUUCACAUUUAUAAUCAUGUUAUUCUCGCUUGCUCUGCUUUUCAUUUCAAUGGCAAAUUUUUACUUUUCAUUUAAGGAAGAAAUAAACAAUAAUGAACCACUGA